AUGCCAAAAAUCUAUAUCACAUUUUGGCAUUUAAUGGUCAUGAUGGUUUUCAGUGUUUUAAUCUGGUUGCCCUAAUCUGGUUGUCUUUGAGGACAGAGACCAUAUUACAUAUUUCUAUAUCCCAAAAUGUUAGAAACAAAGUAGAUGCUAAUUUAACAUCUACUGAUUAACUGACCAGCUUGUUCUUUGUCCCACUUUGCAGUUGGAACACCCUUGAGUUUUGAGAGUGAGGAGCAUAGAAGAAAUAGAAUUGUAAUUUUCUUCUUGAGCUGCUUUGAGUCCACUACCUGGAACCAGUGAGGUGUGAAGAUGGACAAGCUGCUCCUAUUUGGUCUUUCUUUGCUUUGCCUCUCAAGGGCUGCAGCCAUUCAGUGCAAACAAUGCUUAUUCUACAAAGAUGGGAAGUGUGAGGAGGCUGAGCAGACCUGUACCCUGAAAGAAGAUGAGUCCUGCAUGAUUCAGACAAUUUUUUUCCCCUUUAGCACAGAGAGGGAGUAUGAGCAAAUCCAAGCAGGCUGUGAGCCAAACUGCAAGAGUGGUGAGGACAUCUCUGAGAGGCAAGUGGUUAUAACCAGCUGCUGUAAAAUGGAUUUCUGCAAUGACCCUUCCCAUUCUCGAAUUGUUUCAGAGUGAUGGGUCCUUGUUGGGAACUUCACCUGAUUUCCUGUCUGCUCUCCCCACACCAAUACUGUCUGCCUCUUCCCUUCCACUUUUAAUAUUUAUGUCUGCCUCUUCCACUAAGUGUCAGUACUAUUAAUUCCUUUGUCCCCUUCUAUUAACCAUUCAGACCCUUUAGUAUUGGAAGACUCAGAGAAAAAUACAUCCCUACAUUUAAAAAAUAACCCCAAUGAAUACCCUUGUCAACCCUUCAUGCAUGCUAUCUGAUUUCUUUCUCAAUAAAAGUCACUUAACAAA